AUGUUCACGGAGCUGAGGACCAAGCCGAGCCCCCCGCGAGGCCGCGCGGAGGCUGUGCGCGCCGGCUUCGGGGAGAGCCGAGAUGUGGACGGGGGCGCGUCCCGGCCGAACGGGGUUCCCGGUGUCUUUAUCCCGCGCUGGGGCGAGGGCUGGCGGGGGGGGGGGACGCACCACCCUGCGGUCACCUUUUCCUUCGCGCGGAGAAAACCUUCCCCGGCCCCUGCAGUGGGGCCCAGAGGGGGUCCCCGCCCCAUUUCCACCUGGAAUUCUGACGUUGGGGUUGGAAAAAAGGGACGGACCGACAGACAGACGGAGAGCCCUUCCCCUGCGCGGGCAGGAAAUGGGCGGGGCCCGGCUGGCCCAGGACAGUCACAGCCAGUGAGCGCAGCAGGACAGAGGCCAAGCCUCCAACGAACGCCAGGUGGGGCUGCUGGGACCAGGUGCCUUCGACGACGUGGGCAGGCAGCCCAGCCACAGGGGUCUCCCCACCGCACAGAGUCUCCCAGGACGCUGGGGCCGCGUUUCCUCACAGCCACUGCCCACUUCAGCUUCUGCCGGACCCUCCUGGAGCACACGGUGUCGGCCGAGAGCAUCCCCUGCCCCCUGCCUCGGACCCCGGGCACCAGCCUCACGUGGCACGACUCCCGCAGCCAGAGGGCAGCUGGCAGCCGGCAGGUCAAGCUCCUUCAGCAGCCCGGCACCGAGGCCUCCCAGGGCCGGCUGUACUCUGACCACGAUGGCCUGUACCACACGAGCCCCCCCCUGGGUGGCCUGACAAGGCCCGUGGUCCUGUGGAGUCAGCAGGAUGUCUGCAAGUGGCUCAAGAAGCACUGUCCCCACAACUACCUCGUCUACGUGGAGGCCUUCUCCCAGCACGCCAUCACCGGCCGGGCACUGCUGCGGCUGAACGCGGAGAAGCUGCAACGGAUGGGGCUGGCGCAGGAGGCGCAGCGGCAGGAGGUGCUGCAGCAGCUGCUGCGCCUGCAGGUGCGCGAGGAGGGGCGGAGCCUGCAGCUGCUCAGCCAAGCUUCCUUCGGAAACAUGUCCUAGCUGCUGCCUAGGCUUGAACGCCAGACCUCAGCACUGUGACCGGAGCCCCUGACGAGGACGAGGCAGAGCUGGCCGUGCAGCCCCUCUGAGACCCCGCGUGAGGCCCCAGGGGCCAACCCCAGCCCCACGGACAGGUGGGACGAGCGUCGCCACC